AUGAAGUGUGCAUCUGGUGAGGUGACAAAACAGGACUACAUGCAUGAAGUUGUUGACUUGCUUGCUAAGCUGGCUUCUUUUCAUUCAGAUACUUCUUCACCAUGUGCCUGCGCUUUCUCAACGUAGACCAUAGAAAUAUUAGAUAUUAAUGACAAUUCACCCAGUUUUUCAAAAGCUGAGAUCCGUUUGGAGGUUCUAGAGUCAGCACCACCGAGAACUCGAUUCCUUCUUCAGAGUGCUCAUGACCCGGACUUGGGCAUCAAUUCUGUCCGCAUUUACUACCUCAGUCCAAAUGAACACUUCGCUUUAGAAGUGCAGAACAGCGGGGACGACAGCAAGUUCGUCCACCUGCUCCUAGAGAAAUACCUGGACAGGGAACAACAGGCGAUUCAUCAUUUACUCCUGACUGCUGUUGACGGAGGAACCCCAGAGCGGACUGGUACAGCCCAAGUUAUCGUCACUGUACUUGAUGUCAACGACAAUUCUCCUGCUUUUGACCAGAUGCUCUAUAAAGCCAGUCUACUGGAAAAUGUACCGAUUGGCACUGCGGUUAUCAGAUUAAAUGCGAGCGAUCCAGACGAAAGCACGAAUGCAGAGAUAGUGUAUUCUCUCAGCGACCUUACUCCAAGUACAUUCCGCGAACUUUUCGAAAUGAAUUCUCAAACAGGUGAAAUUAUAGUCAAAGGGAUUAUAGAUUUCGAAGAAGCCGAGAUUUAUGAAAUUAUAGCGGAAGCCAAAGACAAAGGCCCAUUUGCACUCCCCGUACAUUGCACUGUCCUCAUUGACAUCAAGGAUGUCAACGAUAACGCGCCCGAUAUGACUUUGAUGUCGGUAUCUCAUUCAGUCCGUGAGGACGUACCUUCUGGAACUGUGAUAGCGCUGAUCAGUGUAACCGACCGAGAUUCUGAAGACAACGGAGUUACUACCUGCUUAAUUCAUCCCAACCUACCGUUUGAACUCAAAUCGACAUUUAAAAAUACAUACACGGUGGUUGUCCAGCACCCAUUGGACAGGGAAAUCAUGUCUGAAUACAGAAUUGGAAUCUCUUGUUAUGAUUCAGGAUUUCCUCCCCUAUCUACCAACAAAACUAUUCCAGUGCAGGUGUCAGAUGUUAAUGACAACCCGCCGCGUUUUGCAAAUACGUUUCACACUGCGUACGUGAUGGAGAAUAACGCCUUUGGAGCUUCCAUCUGUUCAGUUUCUGCUUUUGACCCUGACUUGGGUCCAAAUUCCCACCUUUCCUAUUCCGUUCUCGACAGCCUAGUUCAAGGUAUGCCCAUUUUAUCUUAUGUCUCAAUCAAUUCAGAGAGCGGGAUAAUAUUUUCGCAGCGCUCCUUUGAUUACGAAAAGCUCAAGAAUUUCCAGAUUUACGUUCAGGUGCAGGAUGCUGGUUUGCCGCCGCUCAGCGCGAAUCAUACAGUGCAUGUAGUCAUCCUAGAUCAAAAUGACAAUGCACCUGUCAUUGUGUUUCCCCUAACAAGGAACGGAUCAGAAGUAACUAUUCCGCGACUAGCAGAUCCAGAUUAUUUGGUCGUCAAGGUCAUUGCCAUUGAUGCCGACUCUGGGCAGAACGCACGGUUGUUUUAUCAGCUUCUGGAAGCGACAGAUAAGAAUCUUUUCGCCAUGAGGAUUAACUCGGGAGAAGUGAGGACGACUCGUCAAAUUGAUGACAGAGAUGUUGCAAUACAGAUGAUGGUCGUACUGGUGAAGGACAAUGGGCAUCCUCCUUUAUCUACCACUAUUACCAUCACGCUGUCAAUUGUAGAUAGCACUGAAGACGCUAUUCAUGCCGUUACAUUCAUGCCUAGAAUCCCUGAGUAUCCCACUCGUGCAGCCCUUUAUAUAAUUAUAUCUUUAGGGGCAAUCACACUUACUCUGAUGGUUGCGUUAAUUGCUCUUGUUAUCACAGUUUGUCGCAAUUCAAGCAAUGAUGAGGAUUGGUGUUUGUGUUUUGAACAUAGCGAUUCAGAAAUGAUAUAUCGAAAUUCCAAUUUAAAUUUUCACACAGUGCCAGACUCUAGCCUAAUUAAAAACGUUAUUGAAGUACGUGGGUCUGGUUCUCUCGCUGAAACGUACUGUUAUACCCUGCGGUCUGCCCCGGAAUCGGGUAAAGGUGAUUCCCAGUUCCUGACCCACUUAAGUGCAGCAUCCAGCAAAUGCCAAUCUAAUGCUGCUGAUAGGUAUUUUCCAGACUGUAAUAUGAAAGAAAUGGACAACGCGACAAUGUUCGCCACUGAGGUGCUUGAAGUCACAGGUAUUGAAGAAGCCAAGUCCACCUUGGACGACGUCUACCUGAAGAUCGGAGGCUGA